AUGGCAUCAUCAACAAAAGAUACUGAAUUAUGUUCAUUUGAUGUACCAGAAACAGCACGUCAUCCAAGUGGUCCUACAAUUUAUAAAAUUGUAUUACAAGUAACACCAAAAGAAUUAACAGAAAAUAGUUAUCAACUUGUAUAUUGGAAGCGAUAUAAUGAUAUUCGAAAAUUGUACGAUGCUCUUCAUCGUUAUCAUCAAGCUAUUUAUCGUCCCGGUAAAUUUCCUGAUUUUCCAGAAAAAUCACGAUUUAUAGAACGUUUUGAUGCAGCUAUUGUUGAAGAAAGACGUAUUGCUACGAAAAAUUUUCUUAAUUAUGCUUUACAACAUUUAUAUUUACGUACACAUGAUGCUUAUUUAAAUUUUUUUCAGAAAGGUGAAAAAGUUCUAUUACCUGAUGUCGAAACAGCUACAUUACAACCUGAAAUAGUUAAUACACAACCACAAACAUCUACUGAUAUUAUUCCAAAUCCAAUAAAUGAAUCAGUAAUAGAAUCAAAACAAGAUGAACUUUUAUUUACAAAUGAUGAAAAAGAACAAAUAGAACAUGUAGCUAAUACAUGUGCUCAAAUACUUGAAGAUUUGAAUGAUCUUCAAUUUGAUCAACAAGAACAAAUAAAUAAAGAAAGAGAAGAAUUUGAUUUAAUUCAAGAAGAAGUUAAUGAAGUAGCAGAUUUACUUUCAUUACCAUUGGCAACAACUACAAAUAACAAUAAUUUAUCUUAA